GAAAGACUGGCGGGUUUGAGUCGACGGCGCUGGGAAGGGCGUCACGUCGGAAACUUCCCCUUAUCGCAGAAGGCUUUCUCCCCAUCGCCGGCGGAUUAAGGGGCAAGAAGGCACAGCGGGCCAAGAAAAAAAACAAGGAUGCAAAGUUACACAAAACAAACUCCUCUGGGAAGUCCGGCCCACCCGGGUCCUGGUGCAGUUCAGAUGAGGAUUAAGACCUCCGCCAGCCCCGGGGAACGGCUCAGCCAGACCAAAUCCAUGGUCAUACCAGACCCUGGACAGACCCAGAAACCUAUAACGCGCCAUCGGAGGAAUCAAUCUCAGCAUAACGUGAGUGACAUCAGCACAACGGACCAUCCUACCAUCCUCAAAGGUGAAUAUCUGAACAAAGCCAAGAUAGCAGACGGAGGCAAGAAACUGAGGAAGAACUGGACCUCCACAUGGGUUGUCCUUGAUGUUAACCAGCUGUUGUUUUACAAAGAAAGCAAGCAAGAGGCUUUGACAAAUUUGAAGCCGGGAUGCAAGCCAGAAGGCAUCGAUCUUUGCGGGGCUCUCGUUGAAUGGUCACCGGAUAAGUCGAGCCGGAAGAACGUCUUUCAGAUAACAACUAGGUCUGGCAACGAAUUCCUGCUCCAGGCUGACAAUUAUACAACAAUAUGUAAAUGGCAUGACGCUAUUAAAAAAACAGCCGACAGCCUGAAGGCAAAGGGAUGGGAAGGCGUCUUUCCGGGGAAACCCACUCUCCGGAAGGCAAACAGCACAGAAUUUUUGUCCCGGCAUGGCUCUGACUCGCCCAUCUCCAAGGAACCCAAACCUGAAAACAGGCGGUCACUCAUUUUCAAGCUGAACUACAGCGCGUCAGACACUGCGGACAAAAACGGGGUGAAGAACCGGCUGAAAAAGUUCAUCUCCAGGAGGCCCUCCAUGAAAACUUUGCAGGAGAAAGGCAUCAUCAAAGACCGUGUGUUUGGAUGUCACCUGCUGACACUUUGUGCAAGGGAGGGAACUACGAUCCCCAGCUUCGUAGAGAAGUGUGUACAGGCAGUUGAAAAAAGAGGUCUGGAAGCAGACGGAAUAUACAGAGUGAGCGGUAACCUGGCGACUAUCCAGAAGUUACGGUUCUUAGUUGACCAAGAAGACGAGCUGAAUUUGGACGACUGCCAGUGGGAAGAUAUCCACGUGGUCACCGGAGCGCUCAAGAUGUUUUUCCGGGAGCUGCCGGAGCCCCUGUUUCCGUACCGAUUCUUCGAACCGUUCGUGGAGGCGAUAAAAACAAAGGAUGAUAAACAACGGGUGCAAGCCAUGAAGAAGCUGGUACAUCAGCUUCCCAAGCCUAACCACGACACAAUGAAACUUCUCUUCAAACACCUGCAGAAGAUUCUCACCAAGUCGUUGAAGAACCUGAUGUCAACGCAGGGCAUUGGGAUUGUGUUUGGCCCAACACUCAUGUGGCCUGAACUGGAUGGAGGGAAUAUGGCGUUCAACAUGGUGUACCAGAACCAGAUUGUAGAGUUCAUUCUCAUCGAGUGUUCAGAGAUUUUCGGGCCUGCAGGGAAGUAGCAAAUGAGAGUACAUUAAUUCAACAACAAGGGAAAACAACUGUCAGAUAGCUGAUCCAAGUACAACACAUAUCCAAGUACACAUUAUGGAAUGGUAGUUCAUAAGAAGAUGGUUUUCAGAUACUGUAUGUCAAACUAUUUUCCCAUUUACCUAAACAAAGGUGCCUUUGGAACAAAUGUCCUUAUCCAAAGGAUAAAUGUAAGAUAAUUCUGAAAUAAUCAGCUAGCUCUUUCCCCUUUCAUUUUCUAUUUGUGUAUUUGGAAUUACUAGAAAUUAUUAAAGCAAGGAAAACAUAUCCACAGUGUCAUGGUAAUUAUCAGGGUAAAUCGCUUCUUUUCUGUGGCGAAGACUGAAUUUUUUUCUCAUAAUUAAAUCACUCAGGAACAGAAAUGAGAUACAGGUUUUAAUGUUCUGUAAAUAUCCCAUUGACUGGAGUUUUAAAUGAAGAAGAGGACGUAGAGGAAGUCCUUGCACGGCCUCCCAGGCACGGCCUCCCAGGCCCACGAACCGUCACAAAGUUUCCUGUCAUUGCUUCGGUGUUUUUCUUCCCGUGAUUUAGAGAACGCAUUCACACGAUCCUAAUAGCCAGGUUAGAUAGCCAUAUCACAUCCUCUGACUCCAGACAUCUUGUAAAUCAUUACUAAACACCUUUAAAAAUAUUAUUUUCUGUAGAAUGCCUAUGUAGCCGAUCCAGUAGUCAAAACUUUACUUUUUUGUUUGUUUAUAGUUAGGAUUUUAGUGGCUUGUACUUCAUUUACAAAGUAGUACUGUUUUUGCUGGGUAGUAUUUUGCCAAUUUUGACUGUUUACAUUUUACGUGUAGAGAGUUUUUUUUUUUUACCACAUCUGUUUGCUGGAAGAAUCUUGGACUGUGUGUAAUAUGUGAAUAAAGACUUUAUUCUGUUCACAUCUAUUGCUUUGCUUUGCAUAAAAGAGCAAAAUUAAUGAUGCUUAUCACUGCUAGUCUGUUGGAAAUUGGAUCAUGAUGUAUUGUAUUCAGAACUUCUCUGAAUACAACAUAAUAGAGGGACACCAUAGAAAAUGCUGGCUAACCUUUGAUUUAUGAUGUUCAGCCUUUACACUGCUGACAGCACAAACGGUACUCAAAAUGCAGUAAAUCCGAUGGGCUCAUUAAAAAAGGUCUAUUUGAUGCCGUUUCCAAGCAUGCCGACACAGCGUUCAUGGGGUUUUCCAUAUUACAUCUCUCCUGGGGCAUUCUGGGAUACCUCGCUAUCUAGCAUACUGCUGCAGAGGUUGACGUAAACAUGCAGAAGUUUAGUUUGGAAGGCAACCGAGAACCACAGUUUUUUUUAAAGAGCACAAUUAAGGUUAUUUCUGGAGGUGAAACCAGCGGUGUUUCCAUUACUUUUGUUCAUAUUCCUUCAUAAAAGCUUCUUUUUUUGUCUGCCUUGGCCAAAAUAUCCAUGGAUCAGUCUCCCCUCUCAACCAAUGUACUCCCUGGAAUAAAAAGCCUAACCAUAGUUGAAGUUGAAUAACCAGAUUUUGAUAGAUCUGUAUUCUUCUUUGCCAAAGGAAGUCUAAAUCACCACUUUAAAAGCCAGUCUUGCUUCCUCCCACCACAUUAAUACUAAUGUAGUUUAGAAGCCCUACUUCUGUGGUCAUUCUGGAUCAAUGAGGGCCAAGUUCAGCUGCAGUACAGACUUACUGUUUACAAGUAUAGAAAACAGAUUCUAUGUCAGAGAAAUAAGCAGCUGAUCAUCAAAGAUGCAGUGCCACCCAAAGCAUUCUGAUUUAGAAAAGGCCUAGCGUAUGUGUCCCUCCAAUGUUUGCCAAAGAAAUUCUCCAGUUACCUGUAAAUUAAAAAAAACAAAAAAAAAAAAACAAAGGCUUGUGAAGCCACCAAGGUACAUUUUUUGGCAGGACUAUUAAUAUGUUCAUGUUUUGUGAAAUAAACUUUUAUUUGAUUAA